GCUACCGUCUGAAGGCCGGUUGCAUUCGCGUGUGCUGAUCAAGGUGGAAGAGGGAGUGGCUCUUUUCGAAAGAAAAAGGGGUGAGGGUACUUGUUGAUCGCGGGAUGAGCGAGCGAUUGCGCUUCAAGCAAGAUGAACAGCAACCUGUCUGGAGUAGGUUAGGUGGAGUUCCGAUGGGAGGGUGUGUAGGGGUAUGUACGUAUGUUGUAAACGCUCGAGCCGCAGCGGAACGUGUCAAGGUCCUACGCCAGUUUGCACUUGCGAAGAAGGGCCGACGUAGUGAUCAUGAGAUGACCUUCUCGAGAGGCUGUGCAGUGCAGUGCACAGUGCUGUGCUGUGCUUAUAAAUACCCUGUACCCACCCCUCGCCAUGUAUCGGUAUUCGGGGUGUCGUGGGCAGAGGCUGCGCUGUGGGCCUGGAAUCCAGCAAAGAAGACGAUGCACCGCCGCCUGCAAUAUGUGUAUGUACUCUGUGAGGUUUGCAAAGAAGCUAUCUUCGGAGCUCCCGCCGACCGCUAAAGUGCCCUUUUAGAGGGUGAGAAGGUGCCAAAAGCGGAGAAGUUGAAGGUGUGGUCGGUCGCCAUCCAUUCAGUCGGCGCGACAGUGAGGAGCGAUCAGUCUGGUCCUAGCAGGACGGCCACCAGUCGGGUGAACACCGCAACAAUGCCAAGCUGCCAAGCGUCAAGCCUCUUCACCACUGCACCCACCCACCCACCAGCGUAGCACUGCACUGAACUGCAACCGU